GAUGGCGGCGCCCAGUGGCGCCGUGAGCGAUGUGGAGAGCAGCAGCAGUAGCGAUGCAGAGGAGCUGGCACGGUGCCGCGAGGCGGCGAUGCCGGCGUGGGGCUUGGAGCAGCGCCCGAGGGGGCCGGAGAAGCCAAGAGCCGAUGCGGCAAAUAAUCAGUUGCCAGCCACCCAGCCAAGCCUCAGGCAUAAGGUGGAUGAGCACGACCAAGAUGGCAACGAGCUUCAGACCACUCCCGAGUUCCGAGCCCACGUAGCCAAGAAGCUGGGAGCCCUACUGGACAGCUCCAUUACCAUCUCAGAAGUAGUGAAGGAGCCGAGGAAGGCUGAGGUACAGAGGGUCGCCCCAGAGGAUGACGGCUUCCGUCUUUUCUUCACCUCCAUCCCCGGAGGCCCUGAGAAGAGAGCUGCUCCCCAGCCCCGCCGGAAGCGAUCGCCUUCCAGCUCCAGCAGCGAGGACAGCGACGAGGAGUGGCAACGGUGCCAGGAGGCAGCUGUGUCAGCCUCUGACAUUCUCCAGGAGUCUGCCAUCCACGGCCCUGUCAGAGUGGAGACGGAGGAAAAGAAGAAGAAAAGGAAGCUGAAAAAGAAAGCCAAGAAGGAGGCCACUGCCGCCUCGGCCACAGCCGCCACCACCACAAGCAAGGCCGCCGUCGGGAAGCGGGAAAAGGAGUCGGCCGAGCUCAAUGGAGACCAGGCAUCUCUUGGGACCAAAAAGAAGAAAAGGAAGAAAAAGGCAAAGAAAGCCAGCGAGGCUUCCCUGUUCCCACCAGCAAAGAACGCAGCAGCCAGGCCUGCAAACUGACCCCAGCCCCUGGGCAUGGGGCCCAACUCACCCUGAGGACGAGGGGCCCAUGGGGACAGGGCGUUUCCAAGCCCCGCCUCCCUCUCCAAGUUCAAGGACUUGGCUGGCGAGUCCAGACCCUGCCCCUGAUUGGGGCUUGCCCAGGGGCUGGGGUGUCGAAGUGGUUGUGGGGUGAGAAGCCUAAGCAAGGCCUGCCCUUCUGUGCUCCCACUGGGGCUGGAGCAGACCUGUGGUACCAGCACAUUCCGCAGCCUCAGGAAGAAGGAGCCUUCAGUUACUCGAGACUGAUGGCAGGUGGUAAAGCUUCCAUCACCCCAGGACAGUCUGCGGUAAGCAAGUGAAGGGACCUUUCCCUUCCCCUCCGCCGCCUCAGCCUGGUGUGGGAGGCAGUCUUCAGGAAAUGAGGGAAGGGGUCCCCCACAUGCCAAGGCCCGGGAAGGGUUUUGUACUUCUCCCUCCAGGCCACACAGACUUGAUAGAACAUUGUCCGAAAAAGAAGGAGAGAUUUUUUACCCCCUAGUUUUCCAGAAUUUUCUUUCUCUGCAUUUGUGAAUAUACCACACGCAAUCACGUCUCUGAGCCAACCAGGUUAUCGAAAAUAAAUUGUCAAGAGACCCAAAACGUAA